AUGUCUCUUUUCUCAAAGUUGUCAGGGAAAGGGUCUCAGUCUUCGACUGAAAAAGCAAUUUACCCUUGGUCCCAACGUAAAUUAACCGGCGCAUCAUGUUUACCAAGAAUAGCUCAUGCUGCCACUCAACACAACGACCGCGUAGUGUGCCUGUUUGGCGGGGUUACCAAAGGGGCCCCGAAGAAAGAUCUUUAUUUAAUCGACCCAGUGAACUUAUCAGCAUCUGCCACAAGCACCGGUGGUGACGCUCCAAGUGCCCGCUGCUAUCAUUCCAUUGUUUCUAUUGGAAAUCAGCUUAUUGUGUUUGGAGGUCAACUUAAGAGCCCUGCCGAUCAUGGUGACAAUACUGUGUAUUCACUUAAUAUACAAACCCGCCAAUGGACUCGAACUUUAUCCGACAGUAGCGACCCAGUACCUAGACAAGCACAUGCAGCUGCUGUCUCUGCUAAUCAAAUGUAUAUUCAUGGAGGUCACACUGUGAAUGGCCAGAUGCUCGGUGAUUUGUUGAUCUUUCAUGCUGGGAAUACGUUACCUACAAAAAUGAAGGCCCAUCACCACGAUCUGGACAUUCAUGUGUCAUCGUGGACAAUUUCUUCUAUAUGCAAAUUUGGUGGUUCCGACGGCCAUACCUUACUCAACGAUAUAUGGUGCUUUGACCUUUCAUCACAUCUAUGGACGAAUAUCAAUGCUAUGGGAUAUGUUCCCUCCCCGAGAGAAGGUGCAUCUAUAGCCUAUGCAGAUGGUGCUAUUUAUUUAUUUGGUGGUCGAAGUACGGACGGCCAAGCGCUCGGUGAUCUAUGUGCAUACCGCAUUUACAACCAACGAUGGUAUAUGUUCCAAAACAUGGGUCCAGCUCCAUCUCCACGAUAUGGUCACUCUCUGACUGCUAUCCAGGAAAAAAUCUUCGUCAUUGGUGGAUUGUUGCCUCCAAAAGCAGAAGAUCCCAAUCUAGUUCAUGUUCUCGACACCAGUCGCAUCAAGUACCCUUCAGACGCAGGGAUAAACGGAUCCCCCCAAGGAGUGAGAACACCAGAGAACCUUGGCCCUCAAAUCAGACGAUCAUAUCAAGAACUUGCGGAAAGAGGACCCCCUUCACCACGCUCUGCCCAGGCCAACAAUGGGCCGAUGCUCAACCCGUCACCUCCACAUGGACAACCACCCUCUCCAAAAUAUCCUCCAGCACCCAUGCCUCUUCCUAAUGGGCACUCAUCAUCACAGAUGCAACGGGUUAGUCAUUUCCCCGAUGACGAUGGCCAGUUGCGCCGCAUGACUUCCAAUCGAGCCACAUUGAAAGAGCCUGUCCGCACGGAAGCCAGCCGACCUGCUCGAUCCGCCUCUUUACGCCAUGGCAAUAAAGCUGGUAAUUUAUCACAUUCAGCCUCAUCGGGAAGCAUUCGAAGCGCAGCUGAUCAACGCGCAGUGCGACCCAUGGAACAACAGCAACACUCCUAUGGACAAGGAGACUAUGAUUACAUGGACAAGGAUGACACAACUGGACACCCGCCACAGUCUCCUCCCACCCCGCUCCCAACUGGUCAGAACACCCCGUCACCUGUUCCGGCGCAGCGAAGAGGACCGUUAUCGACCAAGACAUCGACUUCACAGCUUUCUAUGGAGCAUAAUCGUACAGACAGCGGAUCACCAUCACUUCAUAAUGAUGCAACUCUCCAAGCGGCUCAAGAAGAGCGUCAAGCCCUUUUGCGUGAAAUUAAGAAUCGUGAUGCGGUGAUUGCUGAUAUGAAGAGUAAGGAGCAGUGGUGGCGUACAGAAGUCUCACUGGCCAGAAAGAUGAGAGUUGGUAGCCCUACUCACGAGGACCGAUUCGGGUUCUCCGAAGAAGAUCUAUCUAAUGGAGUGUUUGAUGUCGGCAACAUGAACGAAGAGCAAGCGAAUGUGUUUGAUGAACUGGUCAAAUGCAAGAUGGAAAUUAAGCGGGUUCGAGCUCUCAUUGGACAUCAAGGUCACCAGGCUGUUAACACGGUGGUGGAAGCAGACAAGAUGCGAUUGGCAGCAUUGCAAGAAGCCGCUUAUUUCAAGAGCAAAUACAUGGCGUUGAAAUCGGGUCAAAAGGAUGAGGUGGACAAAGUGGAAGCAGAAAGAAUGCAGCAACUGGAACAACGCCUUGCCUCGGCAUUAUCGAACAGUGAAUCCAAACAACGCGACUUGGAUCGCGUUCAACGACAAGCUGGACAUGAUCAAGCUGCUCGACGAUUAGCCCAAGAGCGAGCCCAACAAGCGCAACAAGAUGCUAAAAUGGCCCAACAAGCACAAGCGCGCGCAUUGGAAGAAAACACUGAACUCCAUGCACGAGCCAACACAGCCGAAGCACAAGCUCGAGAUUACGCUACUCGCAUGGCCGAUUUGAGCAAUCGACUUGCUGAAGCGUUGUCCUCGACCAAAGCAACUGGAUCACUGUCUGACGCCAAACUCCAAAUCACCAAACUGGAAGCAGCCAACAUCAAAGCAAGAGGUGAGGUUGCUUCCUUGCAACAGCAGCUCGCAGCCAGUAUGGAUGAGAUUGCUACUCUCUCGAAUACGGUAUCGAAACAAGAAGCCGAGCUCACGGAAUAUGUCCGCAAACUUGAAGAUGCCGAAGUGAAGGUUGCCAUGAUGAAGCAUGCUAUGAUCAACAAGGGCUUUAAAAUUCACGAACAAGACUUUGAUCAAGACUCGUCCACCGGGCAGAUGGCCAAACUCCAAGCUGAGAUUGCCAGCGCUCGUCGACUGUGUGAUAACUUGGUAGAAUCAGAGAGACUCGCCAACGAAAAGGCGCAAGCCGCGAUCAAUGAAGCGGAAAAUUAUCGCAAGCGUCUUGCCGAGCGAGGUGAUGUUCAAGAUACCGUCAACAAGAACCAAGAAAGUCUCGCCAAUGUUAGUGUCAUUGAAGAACAGUUGCGGGCCAGAAUCCGUCAAUUGGAGGACGAUUUGGAGGAUGGCAGAUAUGAGCAUGAGGUCGAGGACUGGAAGAGCAAGGCUGCCCAUGCCAAGGAAGAACUUGAAUUGGUAAUGCAAACCGUCCAUCACUUGAAGCAAAACAACUCCGAUCUGGAAAACGAUUUGAAAUCGGCUUUGAAUCAGCAACUAUCCAGCACUAAACUCUCUGAUGAGAAACAAACUUGGCUCCGCGAAAAAGCUGUAUUGGAAUCCCAAUUGUAUGAUCUCCGUGAAAAACUAGCUGGUCUAGAAAACACUGCGUUGGAUUCCAUGUCCCGUGCUGAAGAGCUUACCAAUGAUGUUAAGCAGCUUGAAGACGACCGCGAGAUAUUGAUGGCUGACCGCCAAAAAUAUAAAUCGCGUUACAAUGAACACAAGAAGGAAGCUCGUCGUCAUAUCCAAGAUUUGACGGAGGAGAUUGAACGCUUGAGUGAAGCGUUAGAGAACACCAAUUCGGCGUUGGAACACACCAAUACUGAAUUGGACGAAACCCGCUUAAUGAACCAGAAACUCAAAAAGGAUUUAGAGACUGUCAAGCCGCAAGGUGGAGCUUCGUCUGUCCAUGAUUGGGAAGACCAACGAGCGCAGUACGAAGAUGAAAUUGCUCAGCGGGAACGACAGGUCCAUAACUUAACUCUGGAACGACAAGCUUUGCAACAACAAUACAAGGAUGCACAGCAUAAAAUUGAAUUGUUACUGGAACAGUUAGAUGAACCUUCCCAUCAUCAGGAUACCUCAAAUAACGAUGAUGGUUACCCACGAGAUACAAAGCAUAACUCUUUUCUUGAGCAUGUAGCCGCCGCCUAG